AGAGGAAAGCUAGUGAAACGAGUCGGACCGGUAUUGGAAAAUAAUGAUUAGCGAUAUGAGCGUUUGAACGGAGUUGACUAGGAUAAUAAAAUUGCUAAACCGGAAUCCUAUUAAUUCUUGAAUGUAUUAUCAAGUUCGCGUGUAGGUAAUAUUCGCGUUGACAGUUAAACAUAAGAUACCGACAGAAUUGUUCGUCGGAUUCCAAGGCGCGCUCGAUCCCAGUCUGUUUUUCGUUAUCGUUCUUUUUUGCGGUUUUUGUGUUCGAGGUCGAUGAGAGAAGAAUGGUUGCUUAGGUUUUGAAUUGAUUUUGGUGUUUGUGAAUCGUUUCAGUUUCUUACGAAGAUGAAGUUGAUUCCGGUAAUUUAUUUCGGGUUUACCGGUAUGGACUGCAGGUUUUCUUCAUCUAUGCUUCCUUGGAUAGUGUCGGAGAUAAGGAAGAGAGACUUUUGCGAGAAGCUAAGCCUUGGAGUUGAAUAUGGAACCUUACAAGCUUACAACCAAGAUUUCGAACUACAAUUUUCACACAAGAUCGGUCAGAUGAUAAGAUUCUCACAAGCUGAUCUUGAUGGAGCUACGUUUUUAUAUAUUCUCAAAGAUGACAAUGAAAAACUCCUAUACUGUUAUAUGUAUCAAGCUCAAAAUCCUAAAGAUGUUGCCGAACUCUACAAACAAAUGAAUGACCAAACAAAUAUGCAUACAUCGAAGUCAUUGAGUAGCACCAACCUCACCUCAUUAUGUACAGACAUUUCUCCAAGUUUGAGUAACUUUUUCGAGGUUCUUUAUGUUGGAAACAGAAGAAUAGAAGACAAAAAUGUACCUGAAUCUUUUAUAGAUGAAUCAGUAGAAAAAUUUAGAGAUCAUGAUAAAGAGAAAAGACAGAAAAAAUUAUUAGUGAAUAUUGGACGUCUCAAGAGUGAGGACUUGUUGAUAAGAAGAGGAUCUGCUGACUCAGCAGCAAGUGAAGGGAGUUCUUCAGAUAGCAUAGUUUUCCAACCUCUCCAACGUUCUGUUUCUUCAGCCUCUAAUUUAGGGGGUAGAACCCCAGAGAUCCAGUCGUCAGAUGAAAAUUACGAGGUUGAAAAGUUUAGGGUAGAAGAAGCCAGUCGUAAAGGAGAGAACAAGGACGAUGAAGAUCAGAAUAGAACCAUGCUUUUACAAGUGGAUAAGACUGAUCUAAGGCUCAUAAGUCCAGAUAGGAAAAAAAUAUUAAUGCAUAAAAGUCACAGGGAGAGUGUUUCUUGCCAUCAGGGUAUUGUAAAUAAGGACCAUUUUUGCUUUAUCUGUAAGGAAACCAAGAAAGGCCAAGGAUAUGUGGGAUAUUUCUUUAGGUGUAAAUCAGAUUCUAUCACUAGUGACACAGUAGCAGCUAUAAAUCAAGCAUUCACGACUGCCGAAUCAAGGCCCAAAACAACCAUAAUUUCUUGUGAUCACUGCCCCAUGGUUUGGUUCCACAAACUAUGUACAGAAAUAGAAAACCUAUCCGAUAAGAAAACGCAAGCUGCAAUAAUUCGGAAGAUAGAUCAGUUGGAUGAAGAGGAGCAAAAAACAAUCAUGACAAAAUUCAACGGAGCUGAAACAAACUCAGUAGUUGAACAAAACGAGUUUUUGAUGAUGCUUCUCAGGACGCAUUGUGAGAUGAAGCAGGGUAGGCAUGUUCACGAUUCUGCUGAAAAUAGGUCAGAAUUCCUGAACCAAUAUCUCGGUGGAACAGCCAUAUUCACGAAAGCUAAGAGAUCUUUAAGUAAUUCAUUCGAAAUGCUGAAGAAAAGGGCAAGUCGAGACGAUUUCAGUGCUACGCUCCGAGAAAUGAAGCUUCCAUUGAACAAAGAACCCUCUUCCUAUUCCCCUUCGAGAAUCUCCAAUAACGAUCAAUCAGAUAGGGAAUCAGAAGGAAUGAGGUCUAGAUCAUCAACCAUCGGUUCUCAGGAUUCGGAAUUUUAUUUAACAGCAAACAAAAAUAGUUCUUCUGAUAAGCAGACAGAAAAAUCUUUGAAAUCACCCAUGAUGGAUAUAUUUUUCAAAGUUGGUUCUCCCAAACCGAACAAAGACGAACCAUCCCCAAGGAACUUGGAUGGUUCUUGGAGACAAGCAAUAUUUAAAAAAGUUGUUUCUACAAACAACAAAGAAACCGAAAUGAGAGUGAAGAAAACUAAAGAAGAAUUAAGGGAGCUAUGGGAGAAAGCUAUACAUCAAGCAAUUCUGUUGGUUAGGAUGGAAAAAGAAAAUGCAAGACUAAGAGCUAAACAAGAGGAAUCUGAAGUGAAAAGAAUCAAGCUGGAGUACGAUGAAAUGAGGCCGAGUCAGAGGGAAGUGUCACAAGUUUGGGAUCUCAUAUUAAACAAAGAAACUGGAAAGAAAGUAGAUAAAAUCAUUCUGUACAACGCUAUUCGUCAAGGUAUACCAAGAGGAAAGCGAGGUGAUGCAUGGCAGUUCCUCGCCUAUCAGUUUUGUAUGACCAAACCACCAAUAGAUACCGCACCAUUCCCUCAUUACAACACUCCAUAUGAAACUUUACUGAAAGAACUAACAUUGCAUCAACAUGCAAUUUUAAUCGAUCUUGGCAGAACUUUUCCGAAUCACUCUUACUUCAGCAGUCCAUUAGGACCUGGUCAAUUAGCUUUGUUCAACCUGCUGAAGGCUUAUUCUCUCUUGGAUCCCGAAGUGGGUUACUGUCAAGGUCUCAGCUUCGUAGUGGGGGUUCUUCUUCUUCAUAUGGAGGAAGCUCAAGCAUUCUUCCUGCUGAGACAUUUGAUGUUUGGAAGAGAAUUGCGGAAGCAAUACCUUCCAGACAUGACUGGACUCCAGAUAAGGCUUUUUCAGCUGUCUAGACUUCUACAUGAUAAGUUACCAGACUUGUACGAUCAUUUCAAUAAUUAUGACAUAUCACCAACAUUAUAUGCAGCUCCUUGGAUACUCACUAUAUUUGCAUCUCAAUUUCCACUGGGAUUCGUAACCAGGGUGUUUGAUCUUCUGUUCAUGGAAGGUUUGGACGUAGUUUUCAACGUUGCUUUGGCUCUUCUUUCUAUCCACAAAGAGAAUUUAAUAAAAUGUGCUAGUUUCGAAGAAAUCAUGGAUUAUCUGAAAAUUACACUAACUCAAGUAGAUAAUACAACGUUGGAGAAAAUAAUGAAAAUGGUAUACGUCACGGAUAUCAGCAAGCAACUUUUCGAAUAUAAAGUUGAAUAUCACGUUAUUCAAGAGGAGAUGAUGGCCGUGCAACCUCAAGUAGAUCAAGCUCAUAAGUUAGACCUGGAAAACAAACGGCUCAAAGAACAAAAUAAGAAACUCCAAGCACAGUUGGAUCAAAUAAUGGCCAACUAUCAAGGACUAGAAACAAUGAGGAAAGUACAACAGUCUGAAUUGAAUAGACAGGAUGCAGAAAAAAGAGGUCUCGAAGUGACUAUAUCGACCUUAGGGCACUUUAUAAACGACUUAAUAGAAGAGAAAAAGGUCACAGAAAUACCAGGAGAUGUACGCCGUAUAGUAUCGGAGAUAAUUUUCGUAGAGAAAAGAAAACACGGAAAUCUACUGCAAAGAUCAAGGAACAACAUGCCACCCAAUAAGCCUUUGAUCAAGUCUCAAAGUACCGGAAGAUUACAACUAAACACCAAUACUUAUCAUGAGGAAAUACGGUUUAAUAGUUUGAACUCACAAACUAGGGAUGACUUGCAGAGGAAUGUGCAGAGGACGUCAAAUUUCUUUUCAAACCAACACAACAAUAUAUUGAAACAAAAACUAUAUCAUAAUGUUUCUCCGAAUUUGAGCAAUAUAGAUAUAACUAUUCAAGAAACGGACAAUGAGGAAAAUGAGAAAAAUAACAAUAUUAAUGAUAUUAACACAAGAAUUAUUAGUAACACGCCAAGUAGCCCCAACAAUAAUACACCAGCAUUGAUAAUACCAACUCAAACUCUAGAAGAAACUACAGAUACCAAGAGCUUAGAUAACCACCCACUCAGUAAUUGUGAUGUCGCUUUCACAUUCAAUGGAACAAGGGAAUUGAAACAUAUUAAAAACAAUAGAUCCCUCUCAAGGAAUUCUAGUCCUAACCUCAUUAACCCUCAGUGAAGUAGUGAUAUGGAUACAUUGGUGAUAUGAUGACAUGGGGCUUCAAAAAAAUUUUUUUUUUAUUUUUCGGGCUUAGUUAACUGAUAUUCAAAUUAUAUUUGCUUCGUGAUUAGUUCCAGUCUAAUUGAGUACAGUUAGCAUAGUUCAAUAGAAGACUGUUUUGUAUUUGAGUUUGUGAGUAACUCAAUAAAUCACCUUAGUAAAAUAAAGAAAAAUAAACGCAUAUGUGAUAUUGCAAUAUAAAAACUAUAUUAUAUGUAAUAAACACGAGUCAAAUUUGAACAAAUAAAUAGGCAGGGCUAUCUCUUGAUAGAAAUUUUUGAAUUAUCAAAAAAACUAUAGAAUAUUGAAAGCUUAAUUUGCUUCACUCACUGCCUGCACAAAAAUUGGAAAGUACCAUCAAAUGCUUGAGUCUUGAAAGCUCAAGAGCGAUCCUGAAUAUUCUUAAAUAAAUGAUCAUUGCUCAUGGGCUCAGCAUAAUCAAUUCUAAGAUAGUCUUUCCGACAUUGACACUAUAGUCGAUGAAAUUGAAAUUAUUGAACGCCCAUAUUUUGAUAAAGAUAUAAUAUAAAAAGUCUCUAAAGAAUUUAAAUGAUUUUGUGUACCUAUUAUGGAAGACCUGAAUAUUGAGAACGAGAAUAUCAGAUUGUUUGUAAAUAUUUUAGUUAUGAUAGUUAAUAUAUGUUUAGUUAUUUUCAAUUCUGGGUAUAUUAUAUCCAUAUAGAGCUGAAUAGUUCCAUUUUCGUGUGAUAAUAUUUUGUUAUAUACAUUCAAUAAAUCAAAUAAGAAAUUUUAA